UUUUAUACCAUUUGUCUGUUAGUAUUUGAUUUGAUUGGCUACAGCUUAGGUUUUUGGGGCCAUGUUCCCAUCACUUUGGUGUAUAUUCUUGGGUUUUUUGGUCUUACAACUUCCAAAACUGAGUGAGGGAUUCAUCGUGACUGAUACAUGCCAAUGCGGUAAACAGGCUACCCUUGGUUCUCGGAUCGUCAAUGGUAGAAAAGCUGAAAUUGGGGCGUAUCCUUGGCAAGCAGCUAUAUUUGAAUACCCGGAUACAUUUAAUUGUGGAGGCUCAAUUAUUACGGACUACCAUAUUCUAACUGCUGGUCAUUGUUUCCAUGGGGCGGAAGUCUUUCGGAGGUGGUAUGUCCUGUUGGGAGUUCUAGACAUAAGGAAUCCUCAGGGAGUUCAUUAUGACGUAGCCGACUGGGUCGUUCAUCCCUUCUAUCAUCUCCGGCAUACUGCAAGCAUAAAUGAUAUAGCGAUAGUGAAAGUAGACCACAGGAUCAUCUACACGCCUUCAAUUCAGCCGGUUUGUUUGAUCAGUACGAACAGAUUUGUGCUGACGGGUAUGGUGGGCGUGACUACAGGAUGGGGUUCGGUGCGAUUUGGAGGGAAAGGUCCUCGGAGUCUCUAUGAAGGAGCGGUUGUAAUUUACUCUCAUGAUGAGUGCAAGAAAAGUUUAGUCGGCUUCCACUACUAUAAGCAAGUGAUGGUAUGUGCUUCGUCCUACCCGGUAGAUUCUUGUUCGGGUGACAGCGGUGGUCCUCUAGUCGUUGAUGUGGAUUCGGAGUAUAUGAUGCAAGUAGGAAUUGUUUCUUUUGGGUAUAAAUGUGGCGAACCAAACUCAGCGGGAAUGUACACAAGAGUUGCAACAUUUUAUGAUUGGAUUAAUAACAUGACCGCAGACGCAACAGUUUGUCAAACACCAGAUUUUUGAGUAGC